UCCAUAUCGAAUGUCACUUCACCAGGCCAUGACAUUGGACGAUCAUAGACAAAGACUGAUAUUCUGUAAUUGGAUUACUCAACAAUUACCUACUUUCCAUAGAAGUAUCUUGUUUUCUGAUGAGUGCACCUUCAAAAGUGACGGCGAAGUGAACACACAUAAUCUCCGUUAUUGGGCGCAAGAGAAUCCACAUUGGUAUCGAGAAAUCGAUCAUCAACGUAUCUGGAAAGUCAAUGUUUGGUGCGGAAUUGUUGAUACGCAUAUCGUCGGACCAUUUUUCUUUGAAGAAAAUCUAAACCGUUUUCUGAUGGAUGUCCAGCCCACACGUCUGUCAUUGCUCGUCAACAACUGAACCGCAUAUUUCGCGGCCAAUGGAUAGGUAAAUAUGGUCCACAUAACUGGCCACCACGAUCACCGGAUCUUACAAUUUUGGAUUUUUAUUUGUGGGGAAGAAUAAAAGACCUCGUAUACCGCGAACGACCUACGACUUCAGAAGACAUGAAGAACAGAAUUCGAGAAGCCAUUCAGUCUCUAGAUCCUGUCGAAAUUCGUCGGGUGACGGAUGAUUUUCAACGAAGAAUAACAGCCUGCAUACAUGCACGUGGAGGACACUUCGAAAAUCUAGACUGAACACAUGCGUACGAACAAAGGUGACGGCAAGGGGAACCACCUUAAAAAAGCACCCCGACGAGGUGUAAGUCCGACCUUGUGACCUCCACGUGGUACAUCUUGGGUAACGCUGACACAGGCGGCAUCGACUGUUCAAGAUCUUGAUAAUUAGGAAUCUUUAAAAAUCGAUGUACACGACUACAAAUG